AUGGUUGAUUUGAAGCAGCUCGAUCAACACCUCCAAAACAACUCAUACGUUGAUGCACACAACCCAUCCCAAGCUGACGUCUUUGUCUACAAGCAAGUAGGCAGCGCUCCAGCUCAAUACCAGAACGUCAGCAGAUGGUUCAACCACAUCAGCACCUUCAAGGACCAAUUUGAUGUUCUUGGCGGUGGCGCUUUCGCUGCUUCCUUGUACGGCUCAGCCCCAGCAGGUAGCGCACCAGCAGCACCAGCACCAGCUGCCGAGUCCAAGGAGGAGGACGAUGACGUUGACCUCUUCGGCUCCGACGAUGAGGACCCAGAAGCUGAGCGUAUCAAGUCAGAGAGAGUUGCUAUGUACAACGAGAAGAAGUCAAAGAAGCCAAAGACCGUGCAGAAGUCUGUCGUUACCUUCGACGUGAAGCCAUGGGACAACGAGACAGACAUGAAGAAAUUGGAGGAGAACAUGAGAUCAAUUGAGAUUGAUGGACUUACCUGGGGUCUCUCCAAGCUUGUCCCAGUUGGAUACGGUGUAAACAAGUUGCAAGUUACUCUCGUCGUUGAGGACGAGAAGGUCGGUUUGGAAGAACUCCAAGAGCAAGUCGAGGCAGAUGAGGACCACGUCCAAUCCACUGAUAUUGCUGCUAUGCAAAAGCUGUAA